AUGACUCAGAUAAACUGCACCCAGGUGACAGAGUUCGUUCUUGUGGGUCUCACAGAUCGCCAGGAGCUAAAGAUGCCCCUCUUUGUGGUAUUCUUAUCCAUCUAUCUUUUCACAACAGUUGGCAACCUGGGUUUGAUUCUGGUCAUUAAAAUAGAUGCAAGACUCAACACACCCAUGUACUUCUUCCUCAGCAACUUGGCUUUUGUUGAUUUCUGCUACUCCUCUGUCAUUACACCCAAGAUGCUUGGGAAUUUCUUGUAUCAAAAAAACGUGAUAUCCUUCAAUGCAUGUGCUGCCCAGUUAGGCUGUUUCCUAGCCUUUAUGACAGCUGAGUGUUUGCUAUUGGCUUCCAUGGCCUAUGACAGGUAUGUGGCCAUUUGUAACCCUCUACUCUAUAUGGUCCUGAUGUCUCCAGGGAUUUGCUUUCACCUUGUAGCUGCACCCUAUUGCUACAGCUUCCUGGUAGCUCUGUUUCACGCCAUCCUUACCUUUCGCCUCUGCUACUGCCACUCCAAUACCAUCAAUCACUUCUACUGUGAUGACAUGCCUCUUCUCAGGCUUACUUGCUCAGACACUCACUCUAAACAGCUAUGGAUCUUUGCCUGUGCUGGCAUCAUGUUCAUAUCCUCUCUUCUCAUUGUAUUUAUUUCCUAUACAUUCAUUAUUUCUGCCAUCCUGAGGAUGCGCUCAGCCGAGGGAAGACGCAAGGCUUUCUCCACAUGUGGUUCCCACAUGUUGGCAGUAACCAUUUUCUAUGGAACCCUCAUAUUUAUGUACUUGCAGCCCAGUUCUAACCAUUCUCUAGACACAGACAAAAUGGCUUCUGUCUUCUAUACAGUGAUCAUCCCUAUGUUGAAUCCCUUGAUCUACAGCUUAAGGAAUAAGGAAGUGAAGGAUGCCAUCAAGAAAUUAAUUAUCUUUAGGAACCAAAGCCUUAUGUCAUGA